AUGCCCAUUAACAAGAGACUCAGAAACGAGAGUUCCUUAUGUGGCCAUUGGAGACAAAGGUUAGACAUCGAUAAAAGAACAGCUGUAUGGACUGUUAAGGCAUGUCCUAUUCUACACAACUUUAUAAGGGACAAAGAGGGCUCAAAUAGUGAUAAUAACGUAUCUCAAGAAUUUAGUUACGAAAGGCUACCCCAUGAAGUAAGAACACGAGGCGGUAAUACUGCCAAUUUAGUUCGAACAGAAUUCGUGAACUAUUUCAUGUCCGAAGCUGGAUCAGUUCCAUGGCAGGAUGAAGCUAUUUAG